GGCAUCUCAGAGGGGAGUGAAUUGUGGCCAUGGCUGAAGCCAGGAACUUCCCAAACCCCAAUGAGAUUACAGCACUGAAAGCCAAAUCCACCCCACAGCAGGGAAGCACUGGACGAUGGGGACAGACGCGCCCGGACAAGACUUGGAAGUAUGUCUGCCUGGCCAUGUUCCUGACACUGCUGCUCAUGCUCAUUAUCCUCUGUGUGGUUCUGUCCAAAGUCUUGAAGAGGACAAAGCAGGUGCAGAGGGAAGUCAUUCAACUGAACAAAAAAGUGACUCAGGGACUGGGGGACGCCAGGCAUGACCUGGACUUCAUCCGGGGUGAAAUGUUCCGGCAAAUGAAGGCUGUACUGGCGGGCAAUGAAUCCUCAUGUGAGCCCUGCCCCCUGGACUGGAAGUUCUUUCAGGGCUCCUGCUACUUUUUCUCCCUGGACAACCUCACCUGGACGCAGGCUAAUGAUUCUUGUGCCCGGAAGCAAGCUCACCUGGUUAUCAUCAACAGCCGAGCAGAACAGGACUUCCUGACGUCAACUGAACAGGGGACAUCCUGGAUAGGCCUCUUCAAAGAGAGCCAGAAAGGAAACCACAGGUGGACAGAUGGCUCAACCCCCACCUACACCAACUGGGAGUCCAAGGAGCUACAUGAUAAUGGAAGUUCCCCAGCCUGCAUGAUUAUACACAACUAUGGAUACUGGAGGAACUUCUCUUGUGAAUCAGACAGAUUUGCCUUCAUUUGUGAGAGGCGGCAAGACUGCUAAGCCUUAUACUCCAACCCUGGGACUGAUGUAGAACCCUUGAUAAACAGCCUCAAGCCCCAUUCCUGCCUUCUCUGGGUUCUGAGCUCACAGAGGCAACGAGAGAGGACAUUUCUCCAAAGCCUAGGUCCUUUUCUUGGCAUUGGGCUUGCUCACCUUUGAUUUCCUUUCCCAAUUUCUGCUGAGUGGAAGGAAUGCCCCAGAAGCCGUCUGGGGCCCAUCCCUGCAGGAGGAUGAUAAUUCUUAACUUUGAUUAAAUCCAGACUUGGCCAUGAUCUUGCUUGGGCCAGUGAAAUGUGGUGGGAAUUGACAUGUGCCACUGUUAAGCAGGAACCUCAAGAGCCUCGUGUGGGUCUGCCAUCUUUGUUUUGUUCUUGUCACAAGACCAGCUUCUUCCCAGAGAGGGCAACUCCUUCAUAUAUGGUCCUGCAGUGAAGAAGACCCCCUCAAGCAGAGCAUCUACUGACCCAUAAACAUGACCAAGAAGUGAAGUUCUGUGGUUGUUGGCCACUAAGAUUUUGAGGUCACCAGUUGUUACUGCAGCAUAUUUAACUUACGCUGACUGAUACAGGGGACCAAGCUCUGUUUCAUAAAAUCCCCAGAUCUGGGGCGUUCUUCCAACACAAGAAGCCUGAAGCUUGUGGCUACGGGGUGAUUGGGUCCCUCACAUUCAUUCAACAUUACCGUUACCUCAGCUAGUCUCUCCAGUUUCUCCUCAGCAUCUCUUGCUGCUCCAGUCUCCUCUCUGGUUCCCAGUGAUAUUGUUCUAAGACAACCCCAAAGCCCCUUCACAGUCUGCCCACUUCCCUUUCUUCAUGCCCUUCACACUUCCAUGUGUUUGCUCUUGUAGAUUUCUCUGCCUGGAAUGCUCCCUGCCCCUGACUUCCUGUGAACCACUUCCUCAUCCUCCUUUGG